CUGAGCCUCUAAGGCAUCCCCCGGCCCUAGAUGUCGAGCUUCGUUCUUUUUAUUAUUUCCCAUCAUCACCUCUUCUCCGAGUGAGCGAGUGCUAUCUCCGUGCAGUUUCGCAUCUCAAUUGCCUCCGUCAAAGCGCGGCCAUUGUGACUGAUAUCGACGCUCACUUUUCAAACCUUGAGCAUCCGCCCCGCUAUCGAUUAUCAGCCUCAGGCCUACACUUCAAUUGCGCCAGACAACCUUCAAUAUCAAGCUGUGAACCCUGAACUUUUCUGUACCAUGUCUGCAGACAAUUUGCUCUACCCGAUGGACUUCUCCAGCCACCAGGAUGAGUGGCUUGAGUUCGACAGCUUGUUCCAGCUCUCUUCGGAGUAUCUAGACAGCAAUCCCACCUCCGUGGAAUCUAUAUCUCCGCGCGACCUCGACCAGCCGUUCACCGAUACCGGCUUCCUGAAUUGGGACUCGGACCCUGCUAUGUGCUCGCAGGCCAUGUUCCCCGAGUUCACCGGCUGCGAAGCCCCAGUGGAUGGGCUGGACCCGUCUGCAUUGGACUUCCAGUCAUUCAUCGACCCCAAUGCCGUUCUGCAACCAACGUCUCAAGACCAAUUUGGCGACGCUGGUUUCGAGAGUGCUUGGCUCCCUGAGGCACAGGACUUUGGGACUCCUUCUUCUUUCCGGUACAUGGUUGAGUCGCAGGCAGCCCUGGACAACCGUUGCUUCUCGCAGAAGGAGAAGCGACGGGAUGCUUCAAUUGCUUUACACUUGCAGCGCUUCCAGGAUACACCAUCAAAUAACCUCCUUUCCUCUCCUAACUGGUCUGAAUUGUCCCUCGAUGUAACGCAAUAUGAGCGUUCCUCCACGACUUCGACUACCCCUCCUGUCUCUGACUCGCAAAACUCGUCUUCGCCUGUUUCGGGAUCGGAGCCUGGGGCUGGCUCAAUGCAAAUGGUGUUGGAUCUCAACAUGAACACAACCACCAAUGUGCCAAAGAAGCAGAAGCCGAGGUCAAGAGCCCAGAGGGAGAACUACAUCAAGGCUAGGAAGUAUGGGGUCUGCGAGAAACAUCGCAAGCAGCACAAGAGGUGUAACUGCCUCGAGAAGGCAGCAGCAGCAGCGGCAACAACUUCUCAGCUAAAUGUUAAUGCUUCACGUGCCGACGCCAGCACGCUAGCUCACUUGCGCACGAACCAUGAGAGACUCCUGUCGACCAAGUCGUCGCUACAACGCUCUGUUUAUAGCCCGACAGGCUGUACGAAUGUCGAUCCACAAAGACUACUGACGCGACCUACACGGGUACCGCUUCCGGAUCUGUCUCCUACGCAACCGCUGGUACCAGCGGGCGGCCGCGACCAGGUCACGGUGAGACAGCCGGUAGAUAUGCGCAAGCCGAAUGUAUCGCGCACGCUACCAGUACAACCAUGCGUUUCGCCUACAAGCCACAACAGAGGCACCGGUGUCCACGAGCAAGUUACACAGAGACAAACGGUAGAUAUGCGCAGUUCGCGCACGCUACCGGUGCAGCCAUAUGUUUCCCCGACAGGCUACAAUAGUGCAGCCGCACAGAACACGCAUCUGCUUGUUACAACAAGUGGAGGCCUGCCGAAUAUGCCAGAUCGCUUUAGAGACAAGCGCAACCAAUCUAUGCAACAAUCCACCAGAUCACAGUCCACCAGACUAAGAUCCAGCGAUCAACAAGUUCGCCGGACAAUACACGAUUCAGUGGACAGACUACCAGUUGGCAGUCGCGGCUUAUUGAAUGUGCCGAGAUCUGGAGUUGCAAACUAUCCUCUCCUAGAAUGUGCAAGCACAAUUGUUCGCAGGGUCGCGGGCAGCUUGUUCUCCUGGAGAGAUUCAUCAGCUGCUUCAUCGGUAGCUGCCCCAGCCUCUUUCCUUGGUCGUCUUGCAGUGUUCUCUUCCAGGCUUUAUAUGCAAUAUAGGAAGGGAAUGGGGUUCUAUUGAACCUCCGCCCCGUGGGCGAUAAAAUUGAUCGAAUUGCGGUUUUUUUAUGUAUUGGUUGGGUCGUUAUGCUCUAGGUUGUGAGGUCUUAGCGAAGUUUCAUAUACCUGUUUGGUAUUGUUCGUUCAUACAUUUUUAUCGAGCAUAUUUCUAGAGACUCGAGUCCACUAAUAGAUUCUGUGGAAUUCAUGACUAUUUCUACUGUCCUUAUAUUUUCAAUUCUCC